AUGGUUAUAUAUAUAUCCGGGGAAACAUGGUGGCACCCCGUGGAGGGUUUCCGGUUGGUUAGACGUUCGUUUUGAUAACAGUCGUGUGCAUGGAAAUCGUUUGCAGAAGGAUUUGAGUAUUACGAAAAGUCUCAAGAAGACGUUCCUACUGAAAAAACCGAGACAAAUGAACACAUCGUUAAGUAAUUAACCGACCUACAUGCGGCUAUAAUUAUUUAACCUUAACUUAAGUCUUAAGCAUAUUAUCCAGAGUAAGCCAGGCGAGCUGAAGCCAGCUCAGCUGUUCCUCCUGCGCUACUUUCUAGGAAUGUGGAAUAUGGUGAGAUGUGCCAGGGCAAAAGGGUUUAUGAGCAGAGCCAGAAGGUUCACUGGGGGCGACUGUGCGCUGAGCAGGGGUUCUCUCCUUCCUCUCUGGGUGAGGAGGAGGGUUUUCUCAGUCCACAGAGAACACAGCUCAGCUUGUGUCUCACAGUCACACACACACGUGCGAACAAGACCUCCCUGGAGGAUACUGUUUUUUGGCACUGAUCACUUUGCCGAAGAAUCCCUGAAAUGUCUUUAUUCCUCAAGACAGGAGUCUGGUGAAAAAGUUGUGGAUUUACUUGAAGUUGUCACCUUACCAAAGGACCUUCCUGUCAGAAGGUUCGCCCUCCAGAACAGCCUUUAUGUUCACGACUGGCCAAAUGUAAAUGCUCAUAACCGCUUUGAUGUGGGCGUUGUGGUGUCCUUUGGCUGCUUGCUUAAGGAGGAUCUUAUCCGCCACUUUCCAUACGGAAUCCUCAAUGUCCACCCAAGCCUCUUGCCUAGGUGGCGAGGCCCUGCUCCCAUCUUCCACACUGUGCUCAACGGGGACGCUGUUUCCGGAGUGACCAUCAUGCAGAUCAAACCCAGGAGGUUUGAUGUUGGUCCUAUUCUUAACCAGUGUGUGUACCAGAUUCCGGAGAACUCGACAGCUGAUCAACUUGGAGAGACUUUAGCCACUAUGGGAGCUCAGCUGUUAAUUAAGACUCUGAAGACUUUACCAGAAAGCAUAGCAAACAGAAGAGAACAAUCAAAAUGUGGUGCAACCUUAGCACCCAAAAUUAACACCUCCAUGAGUUGGGUACAGUGGGAGGAGCAGACAUGUGACGAAAUUGGACGUCUUUUUCGUGCCAUUGGAUCACGGAUCCCACUGCGAACCAUCUGGAUGGGGGAAACCAUUAAACUUUUGGACUUUGCAGGAAAGUUCAGCGUAACCCUUUCAGAUCAAAAGAAAAGACCAACACCAGGCUCCAUAUAUUACCAGAAGGAGUCAGAUACUCUGCUUGUCUGUUGCAAGGAUGGGUGGGUGGGAUUCAGAGCCAUCAUGCUUAAGAAAAGCAUAUCUGCUGCAGACUUCUACAAUGGCUAUCUUCACCAGUUCUUUCUGAAGAAGUUCUCUCAGCAGCACAAGGAGUGUCUCUUUCAGAGUAACAAACUGAAAUCUGAAGAUAGUGCCGCUAGGCAGAAGAAUUCACAAAUUGCAAAAAUGUACUCAGACACUCAAUGAAAGUGAAAUCUUUAAGUGGUUACGGUGUAUUUAUAAGAAUGUAUGGCUUGUCUGUUUUAAGGCACAUAGCAUUUCAGAACUGUGUUUCUGACCAGAAUGUAGUAUGACACGUGUAACUGUACAUCUCAGAUUUUAUUAAAAACAUGUCCAACAAAAUGUCAGAUGCUAUAUUAUAUUUUUACAGAAAAGAGUAUCCAUUUCUGAUGAACCAUUUUGAUUGAUUUCACUUUAGUCUCCCUUUACUAAAU